AUGCCUCCUCCGCUACCCUCCUCCCACCGGGGAAUGACAAAAAACCCCCUCAAGCCUGGUCGUUACCGCCCCGGAAAGGCAGUUCCAGAAGACGACUCCUCAGAAGAAGAGGAGGAAGAGGACGACGAACAGGCGCGGAAGGAAGAGGAACGGCGCAAGCGGAUUGAGGCGCAGCGUCGGAGACAGCAAGCACCCAAAGCAAGCUCCUUUCCCGCCGCCGCGGUAGCUCAGAAAAUAGAAAAGGAGUACGAAGAAGAAGGAUUCGUUACCGAUGAAGAUUACGACGAAUCUGCGCCGGCGCCGAAAGCCGCACAACCUACAGACGACCUAGAACCCGCGCCGAAGACUAUCCCGACACCCGCUACAGCCGAGAGCGACGAAGAAGAAUCAGAAGAAGAAGAAAGCUCAGAAGAAGAAAGCAGCUCGGAAGACGAAGCACCGCGCAUGCUAAUUCGACCAACCUUCAUCAAAAAAGACAAGCGCAACACCACCAAAGAGUCUGCCGGCCAGACACAAGCAGAAGCGCAAGCCGCCGCAGAAGCAGAAGAAGCGAAGCGAGCCGCACAGCAGCAAGAAAAAACAGACCAGCUAAUCCGCGACCAGCUUGAAAAAGAAGCGAUCGCGCGCUCAAGCGCAAACCGCGCCUGGGACGACGACGAGCUCGUCGAAGCAGACGACGAAGAAGCAAUCGAUGACACAGACGGCAAAGACCCCGAAGCAGAACUCGCAGCAUGGAAGCUGCGCGAGCUGAAGCGCGUCAAGCGCGAGCGCGAAGCAAUCGAAGAAAGCGAGAAAGAGCGCGAAGAGAUCGAGCGCCGGCGCAAUCUCACGGCUGAAGAACGGGACCGCGAAGACCGCGAAUUCAUCGCAAAGCAGAAAGAGGACCGCGAUGCUACGCGCGGUCAGACGGGCUUCAUGCAGCGCUAUUUCCAUAAGGGCGCUUUCUUCCGCGGUGAUCUCGAGGCCGAGGGUCUCGAUAGGCGGGAGCUUAUGGGCGCGCGGUUCGAAGAUGAUGUCAAUCGCGAUACGCUGCCUCAGUAUAUGCAGGUGCGGGAUAUGACGAAGCUUGGUAAGAAGGGUCGUACCCGGUAUAGGGAUUUGAAGACGGAGGAUACGGGGCGGUUCGGUGAUGGGCUUGAGAAUCGGAGACGGCGUGACGGGGCGCCUGAGGGCGUUACGGAUGAACGCUUUAUGCCGGAUCGUGGCGACGAUCGCGACCGCGGCCCUACCGGUGCGAAUGCUAGUGCUGUGAGGUCCAGGCGGCGGUCUAGGUCGCGAUCGCCCCGGCGGGACCGGCGCGAUGAUCGUGAUCAGGGUCGCGAGAGGAGUUUAUCUAGGGAGAGGCGGAAGCGUAGCCCGUCGCCUUAUGGGGAUGGGGAGAAGCGUCGCCGGGUGGAUUCGUGA